GUCACUAUGGUUGCCAAAUGAGGCGACUAUGAAAACAUGAUAUUACGGUCUUGACUUACUACCUCCAUGCAGAAAAACGCAAAAUGACCAGCAAAGAAGUGUGUUUACUUCUUGGGGCAACUGGUGUUGGAAAGACUUUGUUACUUAAACGCCUACAAAUGAUCAGUUUACAUGGUUCAUGCGAAAUGGGUUCGCCUCCAUCGACUCUUCCCACAGUAGGAACCAACCUAACAGACCUGACCUUGAAAAAGAAGAAGGUGACAGUGAGGGAAAUUGGAGGCUGCAUGGGGCCUAUAUGGCCCAGUUACUUCCAGGACUGCUUCUCGGUUAUUUUCAUGGUGGAUUCAGCCAACACUGUCCAGAUAUCCUCCUCCUGUAUCCAGUUGCUGUCUGUGCUCUCUGCUGAGCCUCUGCGCAGUGCCUCUGUGCUUAUUCUCUUCAACAAGAGGGACAUGCCUUGCAUCAUGAGCCUCACGGAGAUAAAGUCACUGUUCAGAAUGGAUGACAUCAUCGCAUCGGCUCCUCAGCCCAUCACAACGCUGGAGGCCAGUGCCCGCUCUGGACAGGGUUUGCAAGAGGUGCUGGGCUGGCUGGAGUCUGUCACAGUCAAGUGACGUGUGUCUGAGAUUUUACUGAAACGUUCCCCUGAGAACUCGGAGAAGCCUUCUAAAAACUUUACAUCAAGAUUCUCAGUCUACAGCAACAACUCUGAUUUCAGUUGAUUUGAUGCCACAUUUAAUGCUGGACAAAGAAAAAGAAAAUGGGCUGCAGACCUUGUAAGAUGUGAAAUUUAAGAGGGAAAUUGGUCCUAUUAUUUGCUGGAAAAAGGACAUGAUUCUAUGAAAUAAUCAUUGUGAUGUUUGCUCAGUAUCAUCAUUUAGGUUACAUCUACCAAUUUUCUUUCAUACAAGUCGCUCCAACUAGUUCAUUCUUGCCUGAUGAGAGGUAAUCUAA